AUGGAAAAUGGUGAAGGGAACAGGAAAAACUGCAAUUUUGAUGCUUGUACAUCACGCUGCAACAUCUUGUACCUCGUGAAAGAGAUGGAUUUAUCAUAUGGAGGGAGUGGAUCUGGAGAAGAAAUAUACAACUCGAGAAAGGGCAAGAAGCAGUACCAUCGUCAUUCAACGCAGCAGAUUCAGCAGCUUGAAGCUUUCUAUAAAGAAUGCCCACACCCAGAUAAGAACCAAAGGCAGCAAUUGAGCAGGGAACUGGGCCUCGACCAGAAGCAGAUAAAAUUCUGGUUUCAGAAUAAAAGGACUCAGAUAAAGGCUCAGAACGAGCGUGCAGACAACAAUGCUCUCCGGAGCGAAAACGAAAGAAUUCAUUUUGAGAAUAUUGCUAUGCAAGAGGCACUGGAGAACGUCAUUUGUCCUGCAUGUAAUGGCUCGUUUCCUGGGGAAGAAGAGAGACGUAACAACUUACUGAGGCUGAGGAUGGAAAAUUCGCGAUUGAAGGAAGAGCAUGAAAAGGCAAUAGGUUUCUUCGCUAACUACAUGGGAUAUCCAUCUAUGCCAUUGCCCCGUACAGAGCCCCUUGCCAAUAUGCAGAUAAACCAAUUUCCGGGGGAAGGUGUGGGACCCACGGGUCCCAGCGUCGAGCACGUGCCACGGCUUGCGGAGAAUCCCAUAACCCCGCCUUGGUUGAGCGGGAUAACAGAUGUGGACAGAUCCAAUAUUAUUGAAACCGCCGUUGGCUCCAUAAAUGAACUCAUGGAACUCAUGCACGUGAAUGAGCCGAUAUGGGUCCGGACCCCGGCAAAUGGCAGAUGCACUAUGCAUCGUGAGAGUUACGAUAAGCUCUAUCCGCAUUCCAAUCACAUCAAGACUGCAAGCGCACGAUUUGAGUCGUCCAAGGAUUCGGGCGAGGUGGAAAUGUCUGCGCUUAAAUUAGUGGAGAUUCUUCUUGACGUGAAUAAAUGGAAGGACAUGUUUCCUACUAUUAUUUCGAAAGCGAAAGUCAUUGAUAUACUUGAUACGGGGAUCUUGGGAGGCUUGUUACAUCUGAUGUAUGAGAAAGAGCACGUUUUAUCACCUCUUGUGGCUCCUCGGGAGUUCUUCUUUGUUCGAUAUUGCAGACAGCUCAAUCCGACCACAUGGUUGAUGGUAGACGUGUCUUAUGAUUUUCUUAGAGGGUUCCAAGAUGGUGCUCCUACCCAUUCUUGGAAGCUUCCUUCUGGCUGCAUGGUUGAAGACAUGUCAAAUGGAAAAUCAACUGUUACAUGGAUCGAACAUGUUCAUGUGGAUGACAAAUCGUUGACUCAUCGCCUAUAUCGAGAUCUAGUGCGCGGUUGCCAAGCAUAUGGAGCCAAACGGUGGAUCACUACUCUCCAAAGGAUGUGCGAGAGAUUUGCAUUCUCAAGGGGGGAAAUUCCUGCACCUAGAAAUGGACUUGAAGGGGUUAUCACUUCAUUUGAGGGACGGAGAAAUGUGAUGAAGCUCUCUCACAGAAUGGUGAAGAACUUUUGCGAGGCACUAAGCAUGUCAGAUAAUCUCGAUUUUCCUCACCUGUCGGAUUUUGAAAAUAGUGGAGUCCGAAUCUCGUUCCGGAAAAGUGACGAACCAGGCCAAGUAGACGGCUUUGUGGUCAGUGCGGCUACCUCUAUUUGGCUUCCCCUUUUGAAAGAAGAUCUCUUUGAUUAUCUGAGAGAUGAGAAAAAUAGAUACCAGUGGGAUGUGUUAUCCAGUGGAAAUCCUGCAAAUGCAGUUGCACGCAUCUCAACUGGAGCACAUCCCGGGAAUUGUGUCUCAAUCAUCCAGCCGUUUGUCCCCAAAGAGACCAAGAUGUUGAUGCUGCAAGAGAGUAGUCUCGAUUCCUUAGGAGCACUACUUAUAUAUGCCCCAAUGGAUUUACCAACCAUCAUAUCAGUUGUUAACGGUGAGGACAACAUGAGGAUACCGAUUCUCCCAUCAGGCUAUGUAAUCUCUGGUGACGGCCGAACGAACAAAGCAAAUGCAGCUUCAAGCAGUUCAAACCCUAAUAACUCCUCAACCGGUUCACUCUUGACUGUAGCAUUUCAGAUACUGGUGUGCCGUGGGCCAUUAACAAAAGAGCUCAACAUGGAGUCAGUGGCCACCGUGCAUGCUCUGAUCAGCUCCACAAUCGAGAAGAUCAAAACGGGACUUAAUGUUUCGGAUUAG